GAUAAACGGAACUAUGUUUGUGUAUCUGGUAUCUAGUUGUGAUUUGGCCCAUCAUGGAUCACAUCUGGAGGUCUCGUGUAAAAUUCCAGAACAUGAUGAUGAUGAAAUUAUGCCUCAAACCCCAGCUGUAGAUCCAGAAACAGGUGUUGUCUACAAGAAUAUUGACUGUGCAAGAUGUAACAAUGUGAAAGAGCCAAAACUGUGGGCAAUAGAGACAGUAUGUGAAAAGAAAAUAUUAACAGACCAUGACGUGAAAAAUCCAGAUAUGAACUUCGUUAAAAAGAUUCUCACUUCCGAUUCAUGUUUUUUCAAGUUUUUAGCACCAAAUAAUGCCAGAGUGCGAAGAUGUGUGCCUACUGUGUAUAAAUGCCCUAACUGUGCUAAUGAAACAUUGAGUCAGCUCUGCGCAACAUCGGGGCUUCACCCUGUUCAAGCUCCAACAGAUGACCCUUAUCCUGUCCCUGGGAUAGUGUACCAUAACAAGUUUUGUUGGUAUUGUGCUAACCCCACGGAUAUUAAGAGACGAAGUUGCCACAUAAAUCUUGGAUACAGAGAUAAACCUGCAUUUAAGAUUUUCUCAUUUCAAAUAUUAGUUGAUGUUUCUGUGGAUAAUAAAAGAAAGCUGAAUGUCCGUUCUUCUUCAGGAAUUCAAAGUGUUGGGUUUGAACUUGAAUGUACAGCGAAGUCAAGCUGUAUUGCAGUGGCUUGCCCUGAUGGUUAUAUGAAAAAUGGGGAAAGAUGUGUUAUGAAAGGGAAGUUAGUGCACACCAUUUUAAGUGCAACAACAUUGGCACUACAAGUGACAAAAAAUAUCGAGAAAAUGGAUAAUCUUCUACGAAACACAUUUUUUCCUAUAG